AUGCAGAGCAAUGGCGCUGCAAAACACAUCGUCAUGACAUCAGUCUAUGAUUUUCUGUACUUGUACAGCUACAAUCUGCCUGAAGACAUCCCGGAAGGGCACCAUUCAAUGGCGGCGCCCAUGAUUCCCAACAGCGACGGCACAACGGUGUACGACUACGUGUUCGACAUGAAGGGGGCGUCAUGGAAGAGGUGGUCUUCCAUGAUUGUCGACACCGCCAUUCCACCCGACACGGCCAUACGGUCCAUCGUCGUGCCCACCGUCGAUACUGUGCGGUACACGUACAUGCUGGAUGUGGUCUUACAGAAUGGCUACCCAUGUCUUUUCGUGGGACCCACAGGAACAGGAAAAUCCGUGUACAUACAAAAAUACCUGUACAGUUUGCCCUCGGAAAAGUACGUGCCACCAAUCAUGGUCGGCUUUUCUGCCAGAACAUCCGCAAACAUGACACAAGCCCUGAUCGACGAAAAGUUGGACAGGAGGAAGAAGGGUGUGUUCGGGCCCCCAGUGGGGAAGAAGGCCGUUAUUUUCGUGGACGACCUAAACAUGCCACAAGUUGAGCAAUACGGUGCGCAGCCACCAAUUGAGCUACUUCGACAGUUUAUGGACCACGGCGGAUGGUAUGACAGUGCCCUCUGUGCUCAGGGUAUGGCGAGCGGCAUUGUAGAAGCGACUUUGGAUAUCUACACCACCGUCAUGUCUCACCUCCUUCCCACGCCCGCCAAAUCUCAUUACACGUUCAAUCUCCGUGACAUUUCGCGCGUCAUCCAAGGGAUUUUGAUGUUGAAGCCUCAGAGCCUAGGGAAGUCGCCUGCAGCAAAGGGCAUGUACGUCAGAUUAUGGACUCACGAGAUUUUGAGGGUAUUUUACGACAGGCUGGUGGAUGUGAAAGAAGCGGAAUGGUUCAUAUCUACCCUCAAAGAAACGACCAAGACCAACCUGGGCUGCGAUUUCGUGAGAGUAUUCGAUCGACUUGCCACCUCCGACGACGUCAGCGUGGAAGACCUGCGGCAGCUCUUUUUCGGGGACUACAUGGACGAGGCGGAGGAACCAAGCGAACGGACGUACUGCGAGGUUGAAGACGUUGGAAGCUUGGUGGCCAAAAUGGAGGAAUAUCUUGUGGACCACAACAGUGCCGGAAAGCAGUCCAUGAAUCUGGCGCUUUUCCUCUACGCGGUGGAGCACAUCUCCCGAGUGUGCAGAGUGCUUAAGCAGCCAGGAGGACACAUGCUGUGCGCCGGGGUCGGAGGCAGCGGAAGGAAAAGCCUUGCCAGAUUGGCGGCGCACAUCUGCGGAAUGGAGACCCUGCAGGUCGAGAUAUCCAAGAAUUACUCAUCGGAAGACUGGCGGGAAGACCUUAAGAGCAUCACCCGCAGGGCCGGCGCAGCUGGGCAGUCGUGCGUAUUCCUUUUCUCCGACACCCAGAUCAAGGACGAGGCGUUCGUGGAGGACAUCAACUGUCUGCUCAAUUCUGGAGAGGUCCCAAAUUUGUUUCCAUACGACGAGCGUGCAUCUGUCAUGGAACAAGUGAGGACUGCGUCCAAGAAAGAAGGAUGCAAUCUGGAAACUCCGGUGGAACUGUGGAACUACUUUGUCGAGAAGACGAAGGCAAACCUUCACAUCGUACUGUGCUUCAGUCCCAUUGGAGACGCCUUCAGGGAGCGCCUCAGGUUUCAGCGUUGGCCCAAUGAUGCCUUGGAAGCGGUGGCCAUGAAAUUUUUGAAGGAAAUUGACGAUAUGAAAGAUAAAGAAAGAGAGAAAAUUAUGGAGAUGUGUAAAAUGUUUCACCAGGACAUAUGGACACUGUCUGAGGAAUUUCGCAAGGAGACCGGGCGCAUCAAUUACGUAACCCCCACGUCGUACUUGGAGCUCAUCACCAUGUUUCAGACCUUGCUUGGCCAGAAGAGGGCGGAGGUCUCUCAGGCCAAAAAGCGGUAUGGGAUAGGGCUCGAGAAGCUGGAGUUCACGGAGAGACAAGUGGCCAUAAUGCAGGAAGAGCUCACGGCGCUGAAGCCGUCGCUUGUGAAGACCGUGGCGGACACGGAGAAGCUGAUGGCCACGGUGGAGAAGGAAAAAACGGAGGUCGUGGAGCCGAAGAAAGCCGUCGUUGACGUCGAGGUUUCCAAGGCUGAACAGGCGGCACAGGCAGCCAACGCCAUCAAGGUGGAGUGCGAGGAGGCUUUGGCGGAAGCCAUUCCAAUUCUGGAGAGCGCCAUUGCGGCCCUUGACACGAUCAAGCCCGCGGACAUAAAACUGGUGCAAUCCUUCAAGAACCCCCCAGGGGCCAUCAAGGUCGUCAUGGAGGCUGUGUGCGUCCUUUUGGAGGUCAAGCCAGCGAGGAUCAACGACCCGUCUGGAUCAGGGAAGAAGAUAGACGACUACUGGGAGCCGUCCAAGAAGCUUCUGGGAGAAGCCAAUUUCGUGACCCGAUUAAAGGAAUACGAUAAGGACAACGUGCCGGCAAAAAUAAUAGAUAAAAUUCGAAAAGAGUACACCUCCACUCCCGACUUCACGCCAGCAAAUGCAGCUAAAGCGUCCUCCGCUGCUGAGGGUCUGUGCAAAUGGGUGUGCGCAAUGGACCAGUACGAUAAAUACGAUAAAGUGGCCAAAGUUGUGGCGCCGAAAAAGGCGGCAUUGGCGGAGGCAGAAGCGGAGCACAGCAAAGUCACAGAAGCACUGACGGCCAAGCAAGCGGACUUGAAGUCGGUGAUGGACAAACUGGCGGAGAUGGAGGCGCAGCUGAGCCACUCCGUGAGGGAGAAGAAGCGGCUGGAAGAUGAGGUGGAGCUGUGCACGCAGAAGCUGGAUCGCGCUGAGAAGCUCAUCGGCGGGUUGGGGGGAGAGAAGGCCAGGUGGACCAUUUCGGCAAACGCCCUGGGGGAGGUGUACACCAGGCUGAUGGGAGACAUGCUCAUCAGCGCAGGGGUCAUUUCCUACGUGGGGGCGUUCACCAUGCCAUGGCGGAACAAGGUCAGCACGAAGUGGGUUCAAGCCUGCAAGCAGAAAGGUAUUCCAAGUUCGGAUACCUUCUCGUUGGUCACCGCCUUGGGAGAUCCAGUCAAAAUCAGAGCAUGGGGAAUCGCGGGCCUUCCGAACGACAUUUUCUCCACAGAGAACGGCAUCAUGGUUGCAAGCGCUCGCCGGUGGCCUCUCAUGAUUGAUCCGCAGACACAGGCAAACAAGUGGGUGAAAAACAUGGAAAAAGACAACGACCUGCGGGUCAUCAAGCUGACGGACACCAAUUACAUACGGACGCUGGAGAACUCAAUUCAGUUUGGAAUGCCAGUUCUGUUGGAGAACGUGGGGGAGGAGCUGGAGCCGUCUCUAGAGCCGCUGCUUCUCAAGCAGAUAUACAAACAGGGAGGGUCGUACUACAUCAAACUUGGAGACGCUGCCGUAGAGUACAGCAGUCAGUUUAGAUUCUACAUCACCACAUCGCUGGCGAAUCCACACUACCUUCCAGAGAUCUCAGUGAAGGUGACCCUUCUGAACUUCAUGAUAACGCAAGAAGGACUGGGUGACCAGCUUCUGGGCGUGGUGGUUGCCGAGGAGAGACCCGAUUUGGAGAGGCAGCGGCAGACGCUGGUGGUCGAGUCGGCGGAGAACAAGCGAAAGCUGAAAGAAAUAGAAGACAAGAUUUUGCAUGUGCUUUCCAGCAGCGAGGGCAAUAUUUUGGAAGACGCCACGGCAAUUCAGAUCUUGUCCGAGGCCCAACAGGUCAGCAAUCAAAUACAGGAGAAACAGGUGGUGGCCGAGCAGACCAGCAAGGAGAUCGACGACGCCCGUACCGGAUACCAGUCGUGCGGGUCCUUCAACGCCGUCCUCUUCUUCUGCAUACGGGACAUGUCGGCCGUCGACCCCAUGUACCAAUACUCCCUCACGUGGUUCAUCUCCCUCUUCGUGAGGUCCAUCCGCGGCAGCGAAAAGGCGCCCGACCUGGGCACCCGCCUGCAGAACAUCAACGAGCACUUCACCUACGCCCUCUACCACAACAUAUGCCUGUCCCUCUUCGAGAAGGACAAACUCCUCUUCGCCUUCCUGCUCGACGUCCGGAUACUGUCCACCGGCGGGGGCCUGAGCCCGGGCCUUUACUCGUUCCUGCUCAACGGCGGCGUGGGCGUCCCGGAGAAGCCCCUGGCCAACCCUUGCAGCGACUGGCUGUCGGCCAAGUCAUGGGGGGAGAUGUGCCGCGUUGCGAACAUCGACCCCAAGUUCCGCGACUUCCCGGACGUCGUCUGCAAAGAUGGCGCCCCCUGGAAGGCCGUGUUCGACUCGGCUGAGCCGCAGCAGGCGGGACUGCCCAUGGGCUAUGGAGACAAGCUAGACCGGUUUGAGAAAUUGGCGGUGAUCAAAAUGCUGCGCCCGGACAAGACCGUCCCGGCCAUUGCGGAAUUCGUCGAAGGGACUCUGGGCAGGAAGUUCGUAGAGCCUCCCGUGGUAGACCUGAAGUCUUGCUAUGAGGAGUCCAGUGCCACGGUGCCGCUGCUGUUCGUGUUGUCCUCUGGAUCGGAUCCCACCGCCGCGCUCCUCAAGUUCGCCGACGACAUGGCGGCCAAGAUAUCGGCGAUAUCGAUGGGACAGGGACAGGGACCCAAGGCCGAGGGGCUGAUAAAUGCAGCUCGGAGCAGCGGAAAUUGGGUGGUGCUCCAAAACUGCCACCUGGCAGCGUCCUGGAUGCCUUCCUUGGAGAAAAUUUGUGAAGGCAUUCUUCCCGACAACACCCACCCCAGUUUCCGAUUGUGGAUGACGAGCAUGCCCAGCUCUGCGUUCCCCGUCUCAAUUCUCCAGAAUGCCGUCAAGAUGAGCAACGAGCCACCGGCAGGGCUGAGGGCGAACCUCAAGCGGUCGUACAGAAUGGAUCCAAUCAGCAGCAACGGGUUCUUUGAAGGCUGCACAAAACCGGCCUCCUUCAAGAAGCUGCUUUUCGGUCUGUGCUUCAUCCACGCCUUCGUUCAGGAACGACGGAAAUUUGGUCCCAUCGGAUGGAACAUACCUUACAGUUUCGACGAUGGCGACCUUCGCAUUUCAGCGCGGCAGCUGCGCAUGUAUCUGGACGAGGCAGAGGAGACGCCAUUCAGCGCUCUGAAGUACGCCAUUGGGGAAUGCAACUACGGCGGGCGCGUUACAGACGACAAGGACAGGAGGCUGCUGACGACCGUGCUGGAUCGUAUUUACCGUCCGGAGAUACUCACGGUGUCACCAUUCAAGCUUAGUCCGUCGGGAAUGUACUACGUUCCGGAAGACGGACCGCACGAGACAUACGUCAAGUACAUAGAAAGCUUGUCAUCUGCUCCCAUGCCAGAGGUAUUUGGUCUCCACGAGAACGCGAACAUCACCAAAGACCUCCAAGAGACCAAAGUGACAAUGGGCGCACUGACCUUGGCCGGGGGUUCGGGGGGAAGCGGGGACGGCGGAGGCGAUGAGGAGCUUGUGGGCGGCAUGGUCAAAGACAUUCUGGGGAAGCUGCCUCCCAAUUUCGACAUCGAGAAGGCCCAGUCGAAGUUUCCUGUUAGAUACGACGAGUCCAUGAACCAGGUACUGUGCCAGGAGAUGCUGAGGUACAACGUGCUGAUCACAAUAAUACGAAACAGCCUGUCCAACCUGGAGAAGGCCAUCCAGGGGCUCCAGGUCAUGUCCAGCGACCUCGACAAGGUCUUCCGAUCGAUGGCGGCCGGGGAGGUGCCGGCCUUGUGGAAGGGCAAGUCCUUCCCCUCUCUGAAGCCCCUGGCGGGCUACGUCGCCGAGCUCGGCAAGCGCCUGGAGAUGCUGCAGGACUGGUACGAGAACGGCCAGCCCAACGUCUUUUGGGUGUCAGGUUUUUUCUUCACGCCGGCAUUCACGACGGCCGCGCUCCAGAACUACGCUCGCAAGAACAAGCUGGCAAUCGACGCCGUGGGGUUCGAUUUUGAGGUGCAGCCGAACCGGGAAUACGAUAUCUCUGAGGCGCCCGUGGACGGCGUCUACAUCUACGGCCUGUUCCUGGAGGGCUGCGGGUGGGAUGCAGGCGGCAUGAUGCUCAAGGAGUCGGACCCAAAAGUGCUGUACGACAGGGCGCCCGUCAUAUGGCUCAGGCCGCUUCCGACCGCAGAAUUCUCUCAGUUUCGACACUACAAUUGCCCGGUGUACAGGACCGCAGAAAGGCGGGGUGUGUUGGCUACCACGGGACACUCGACGAACUUCCUGAUGAUGAUAAGGCUGCCGACGAACGUGGAAGAGUAUCACUGGACCAUGAGAGGCGUGUGCAUGCUCUGCUCCCUUCCGGAGUGA